CCCCCCAAUGGAAUCCUCCCGGGAGCCGAGCAGGCGCGUGCGUGUGCGGCCCCCACCAUCCCCCGGCCUCCGUCCCUGUGCCCGGACUCCGUCAGUCGGCGCCGCUGCUGCAGAGCUGUCCCGGGGUCGGGCCGGGACUGGAGGGAAGCCGGGCUCGCUGGGGUCCGCAGGAGGCGGGGGCGCCGGGGCCCCUGGAUGUCCCGGAGUGCGGCGGCAGCCCCCGAGACGAGCAGAAGGAGCGCAGAGAGGCCCAGGAGGGCCGAUCAGCGUUUGUCCUCAGCCCCUCCUCGCCUGGCCCUGGGGCCCCCCCAAACCUUCAGGACGGAGCCCGACGGCGCUGGCACCAUGAACAAGCUGCGUCAGAGCCUGCGGCGCAGGAAGCCGGCCUACGUCCCCGAGGCCUCGCGCCCGCACCAGUGGCAGGCCGACGAGGAUGCCGUCCGGAAGGGCAAGUGCAGCUUCCCAGUCAGGUACCUGGGUCACGUAGAGGUGGAGGAAUCCCGAGGGAUGCACGUGUGUGAAGAUGCCGUGAAGAAACUGAAGGCGACUGGGCGGAAAUCCGUGAAAUCUGUGCUGUGGGUGUCGGCAGAUGGGCUGCGCGUGGUGGAUGACAAGACCAAGGACCUGCUGGUGGACCAGACUAUCGAGAAGGUCUCGUUCUGUGCCCCCGACCGAAAUCUAGACAAAGCCUUCUCCUAUAUCUGCCGGGACGGCACCACUCGGCGUUGGAUCUGCCAUUGUUUCUUGGCACUCAAGGACUCGGGCGAGCGGCUGAGCCACGCCGUGGGCUGCGCCUUUGCCGCCUGCCUGGAGAGGAAGCAGAGGAGGGAGAAGGAGUGCGGGGUCACAGCCGCCUUCGACGCCAGCCGCACCAGCUUUUCCCGCGAGGGCUCCUUCCGCCUCACCGGGGGCAGCCGGCCCGCGGAGCGCCAGCUUUCAGAGAAGAAGAAAGCAGAGGCAGCCGCCGUGCCCGCUGUACCUGCUCCGGGCCCUGCCCAGCCAGGCCACAUGUCCCCAACCCCCGCGGCCACGUCGCCUGGGGAGAAGGGGGAAGCGGGCGCGCCGGGGCCGGCCCCCCCGGGCCCCGCGGCUGCCGCCAUCCCCCGACGCCACGCGCCCCUGGAGCAGCUGGUGCGCCAGGGAUCCUUCCGAGGCUUCCCCGCCCUCAGUCAGAAGAACUCGCCCUUCAAAAGGCAGCUGUCCCUGAGACUCAACGAGCUGCCCUCCACCCUGCAGAGGCGCACUGACUUCCAGGUCAAAGGCACAGUGCUGGAGAUGGAGCCCCCGGGGGCCACUGACAGUGACGGCAUCAACGCCCUGUGCUCACAGAUCAGCUCCUCCUUUGCCAACGCGGGCGCCCCUUUGGCGGGGGCCCAGCCCGCGGCCGCAGGGCCGGCCACCUGGAGCGAGCCCGGCCUGCCCGCGCCCCCGCCCGGACACAAGCGGACGCCCUCGGAGGCCGAGCGGUGGCUGGAGGAGGUGGCCCAGGUGGCCAAGGCUCAGCAGCAGCAGCAGCAGCAGCAGCAGCAGCAGCAGGGGCUGCCCGGGCCCCGGGCCCCCGCCGCGCCCACCUCGCUGCCGCCGGCCCUUCAGCCCUUCCCCGCUGCGCCCGCCCCCAUGGCGGUUUUCCUGCCCGCCCCCCACAUGCAGCCUGCCUUUGUGCCCACCUACCCAGGUCUGGGCUACCAGCCGGUGCCCCGGGUGCCCGUGGUGGGCAUCACACCUUCCCAAAUGGUCGCCAACGCUUUCUGCUCUGCUGCUGCCCCCUCGGCCACCCCGCUCCAGCCGGCCACCUUGGCCGGGAAAGCUGCCCCCUGCCCCCCGGCCCCGCCCCCGCGGCCCAACGGGGCCCCCUGGCCCCCCGAACCCGGGCCCUCCCCGGCCCCCGAGGCGGACCCCUUCGAGGCUCAGUGGGCCGCGCUGGAGGGAAAGCCGCAGCCCGAGCGGCCGUCCAACCCCUUUUCCGGAGACCUCCAUAAGACUUUUGAGAUUGAACUGUAGCCGGGACCCCCGGGCCCGUGGGCGCCCUCGCUCCAGCCCAAGUCUUCUGUACAUCUCCCCCCCCGCCGGCUCCGUACUCCCCGGGGCCUCCCACCCUCGGUCUCCUCUCCCUCCUCCCCACUUCUGUCCAAAGGGAAGAGUUCGUAUCCGGGUCAUGGGUGGGAAAGGAGGACGUAAUUCAGGGAUGGGCCCAUGUCACUGCCCCUCGAACACAGAACUGGCCUAGCACUGCCCCCCUUCCCUCCUGAGGCCCGGGGGGCCGUGGCCCUCUCCCCCAUUUCCCUACAGAUCAGUUACUUUCUUCUUCCUGCUGCCCUGACCUGGGGGUGUAAGGUGGGGUGUGCGAGGGAGCACCCGCCCCGGGGUCCACGCCGAGCACAAGACAAGGGCCCCCAGCCCGCCCCACUGCCACUGCCAAUGCCCGGGGGACGUCCGGCCCGCCCUCCCGCCCGGGGCUGGGGGUGAGGGAGGAGAAGAGGGGCCUGCGCGGAGCCGGGGCAGGCUGGGGAACGCUGCUCAGUUACCUCACUUCUGUGCCCGCCGCCGAGGGAACAGGGGGCAGGGACCGGAUGCUCGGCGGGCACAGGGGCUGUGCCCGUCGCCGCCUGGACUUUUCUAUCUUUUAUCUCCAAUUUUUUUUUUGUAUCUAAACCUGCAGAUUUGUAUUAUACCAUGAGAGCCAAUAAAGAAGGAAUAUAAAGGA